AUGGAGCAAGCCUCAAACAAUCCAGUCUCCAUCUCAACACCCGCGUCUGUGGCCAUGUUCCCGAGAUUGGACGACGACGACGACUUCCCCACUAUCUAUGACGCAUGGCGCCCCUAUAUAUCUCCUUGCAAGGAGACAGAUGAGCUAUUCAGCAAGCACUCGGCUGUUAUAAAGGCAAUCAUGGGCCGCUUGGAUACAGCCGGAUUUAUAUCCGUAGGCAGCUAUCGCGUCAGCGAUAAUGAAUCACGUCAAAAUAGCCGACCUACAGUGAUGAUAGCGGUGGAGAGAGAACGUCAACGAAACUGGAGCCCGGUGGUAGAGCAAGUUAAACGUAUAUUGGUGGAGUUUGAGCUCCCCACAGUUCAUGUCUUGAUCUACAAGGAGCCGACAGAGGGAAGUUGUUCGACGUGA